GAUGGUAGUGGCUGCGAUCGCGAUGAAUUUUUCUCUUUCGGAGAAUCGGACGGAGAAAAGCGGAGCAAACCCAAAGACCCCUUUCUCUACACAGAGGGAGGAAAAAACGUCUUGUUUGACCCAAUUUCAAAGAAGAAACUCACGCUCCCGGACCUUGAACAUCCAGACAUGUGGGUAGUGAGACGUGAUGAUCACGGUUUUUGGCUUCUAUGCUGCAGCUUCGAUACCUACAGCCCAAAACCUGUGAAGAAAGUCAUGACCCACAAGAAUGCUGAAGACUGGUCACCGGAGUGGCCUGACAAGCACAAGAAAUCAGAAAAAGCGAAGCCAUCAGCUGCAGGCGGACCGAAAAGGAGGAGAAGGAAGGCCGAAGAGAAUGCGAGACUGAAGGAAGAAGACGAACACAAGAGACAGCGGCAUGAGAGCAGACAGGCAGAGAAGAUGGCCAGAGAAGCGGCAGAGAAACAGCUCGCAGAUGCGCAGAGGAAGAAGGCAGAGAGAGCCAGAAACGAGGCAGAAAAUCGGGAGCUGAGGCUGAAGCCAUCAGAGCAGAGAAUUAGACUGGCGAAGGAAAGGGGUGCCGCUUCUAAGGCAGAUAGAAAUGAACUCGACCAAAAAAUAAGAGAGAAAGAAGAAGCAGCCCAAAAAAAGGAACAGGAGGCGGCAGAAAAGAAAAAAAGACGACAAGAAGAAGAAAAGGAGAAAGAGAAGGAGCAAGCUGCCGCAGACAGACGACAAAAAGACAAGGAACGGGAGGAGGCGAAAGCGAAGCAGAAGGAGAAUGCCGAGAAGAAAAGGAAGCAGAUUGAAGAGAAGGAGAAGGCAAGGAUGCAGCUUGAAAAGCAGGAGGAAGAGAAGAGAAGGAAGCAGAAGGAUCAGAAAGAUGAGAACAGAAGGAAGGAGAAAGAGUUUCAGGAGAGAAAAAAGACAGACCGGCAAUCCAAGACACAGAUGGAACAGCAGGAGGACGCGAAGGAGUCAAGCCCGGGAGAAGAAUCCGAAGAGAGAAAGGCAGAGACAGCAAGGAGAAGACUGAGAAGACCAAGGUCCGAGGCAGAGGCUGAAACCCCUACGAAGAAGCUGAAAGGGGAGACAACAAAGAGGGCAGAAUUGCAAAAGGCGGAGGAAGACGAAGAGACCAAGGACGACAAAGAAGAAGAGGUUGCUACACAUGGGGGAUCAGGGGCAGAGGAUGACAAAGACGAGGAAGAGAACGAUGUUGAAAAGGGCAACGAAGGAGAAGAGGAAGAGGAGGAACCGGCCAACGAGCCAUUUGCAUUUGAGGACGACGAGGAACUUGACGACAAGGAUUCGGACGACAAGGGUGGCUCAGACAAGGGUGAUGGAUCAGACAAUGACAAGGGUGGCUCAGACACUGGUGGCCAUGGCUCAGGACGCCAUGGUCGGGACAAGGAUGGGUCAGACAAGGGUGGCCAUGGCUCGGACAAGCGAGGCAAGGAUGAAAGCUUCUUCGGCAACCUCAGCCCGGAGGGCCAGGAGGAGGCUGAAGACUUGACAGAUGAGGGAGGGAGGGGAAAGAAUGAAGAGAAGGAAGAGAAGCAGGAAGAGAAGCAGGAAGAGAAGAAGGAAGAGGAAGAACAAGAGCAGGAGAAGGAAAAAGAAGUUGAGAAGUCCCCUUCACCCCUGAAAGUCCCACAAGAGGAGGCCGAUUUGAAGGAGUUGAAAGAAUUGACCAGCCCAGAGAAGAGGAACAAGGAGAGAGUGAAGCAGGACCGUGGGAAACGUUUACUUUAG